AUUGCCGGGACACUGGCUGCUCUGAUUACCAUUUACUCUGAGUUCACUCUAAAGACAACCGGAUGUGGUCUUCCGGCGGGUCCUUUUGGCUUGGUCGGUGCUGUAGAAGGCAUCAGCUACCUCGCAAUCGUAGGAAUUACAGCAUAUUCCCUUGUCACAAAAUUUCGAACUGGAUCGGGUUUGCCAGCGGGACCUGCCGGAGUUCUAGGCGUAGCCGAAGGUCUUUGCUUUACGGCGAUUGUUACCGGUCUUGUCGUACUUGGGUUUCAAGUUGUGGACUAUGGUUAUAUCCCGAACGCUGUCCCAAUGGAAGGGGGGAUGUGCAGCUAA